UGAACUAUCUAUGAAGCGGUCUUGGGGAUUCUUGAUUGCGAGACAAUAUAACUAUCAGUUUAAGAAUUUCUAUGCAGUAGUUAUCCAGCGAGCUUACAGGAAUUACAAGAAGAGACCUGAAUCUUUGGCAAAACAGGUUUGGGAGAUAGUAAGGAAUGAUGGUACUCCUGAUGAUAUGAAGUGCUUAAGGAAAAUUCCUAUUCAUGAAUAUUGGGGUUUUGGAUCGAAUGAUUUUGAGUUGAUAUCGGAAAGAGGAGUCCAGUUACGUUUAAGAUUAAUAAAUAUAACAUUCAUACUCGCUUUGAAAUUAUUAUAUCAGCAAGGCUAUAUAAUCGUUAGAGAUUCAAUAUGGGAAAUGGAAUGGACUGAUAUGUUAAAAUGGACAAAAAAUCCUGAAUAUUAUCAUAUUGAUAGAAAAUCAAACUUGAAAAAUUUUAUUAGAAUUCCAGAAUAUAAGAAAUAUAUGAAUAAAAGGAGAGUUGGGUAUAUUGCGUAUGACUCGCUAACAAAUAAUUUUAAAAUCCAUGCUCUUACCCAGCUGUAUAAUCCGAUUACUGUAGAUUUAUCAGAUUGGGAUAAUAAUUCUGAAUUAGUGCGUCAAAUUUUCCAGAUCAGUCCUUGA